AGCCUUUUCGAGAUACGCAAUAAUAAUCAUAGAUAAAAUACAGCCAUACUUUACUUGAUUGGGAAAAUGAUGAAUUACCAUUAUUAUUAUUAUUUUGGAUUGGACGUGGUUGGUAAAGACUAGGUACUUACGUCCAAUCUAUCACUUAAUACUAGGUACCAGCCUAGCUUCUGAGGUUUUCAAGUUCAGUGCAUUGCAGCCGUGUUUUCAACCUUCAACGAUAGAAAGCAUGCGAAUACUUUAUUAUGCCGGCUGAUAGAACCUCCUCGAAAAGAUCGGGCCAGCGGCAGACUGGCCUAACACGGAACACUCGCUCCCGGAAGCAGAAUGUCGACGUCCUCAACGAAAAGAACGAGCCCGCUCACACUUCGGAGGGGGACCUGAAGCUUACUGGCCCCAUCGAUGGCAACACGGGCCUCGAUUGGGACUGGGUAAAAACUCUCGAUCAAAAUCCAGAAGGGAAAAGUUAUUUUCCUGCCCAAUUCACGCCGCCUACUAACAACCCCUUUACCGGCGACGAUGACAAUCAGCCGGAAGUUACCGACGAUACCGAUCUGACCGAAUAUACCUCCUGGGUGUUAGCGAAGGUGAAGAAGGCGGCUGUGAGCAAGGCCGUCGUUUCGAUGAUGAAAGAUCCAGAUCUUAAAGCCAAAUGGGCUAUAUCUUUAAACAACCACCACUUUUAUCGAAUACGCCGUCGCCGAGAGUUAAAACUGGUCCAGUUCCAAUCACCCCCUACUAAUUACGAAGCUGCGUACGCGGCAAUGGUCGGUAUCGUUCUGCCCCCAGAGCGCGCUUGCAAAAACUGCAAGGCAAACCAAGGCCCUUUUCAGAACUGUAUCGUCGUACCAGGCUACCUCCGAGGCGCCUGUGCUGGGUGUCAUUAUAAUAGCAGUGGCAGUAGAUGCUCACACCGACCUGAUGGAAGCAAGCGUUUCCGGGUGGCCGGCGUGUCUACGUAUGUCCCUUUUUCGUCACUGGCGCGUAUCGCCACCGCCGACAGAUCUCAGCCAACUGCCGACAUGGCCCCCAGGGCAAUGAGAGACGUCAAAGCCAAAUUGCGCGAUAUCAUCAACGAAAUCGAAGAAUACGAACGUCAGGGGUUGAUAGGGGUUUCCUAAGGCUUCCAUCACAAAAUUCAUGUUAUCUCCUUUAUUGGAUUACACCCAAAGCCAGAGCGGUCGGUGGUAUGAGGGGCUCCUAAGUGAAUAUUAAUAAAUAGUAACAAUUGGUUCUCCUUUCUUCCAGGUAUUACUUUCUCGUGUAAACUGCAGAAGGACAUGCGGAUGUUUGCCCUACUAUUUGCCUAGUACCUAGGUAGGUAUGUGAAUAAUGGAUGAAUAGGUAUCUAAGGAGAAUGCCUAACAGGAUUUUAUCUACCCGUAA